CUGCGCCUCGACCAUCUUAACCCGUACCGAUGAAGGCUACAACACCGAUCCAAGCUGUUUGUUUCAAUUAACGGAAGACUACGUGACUGCAAAGGGAGGCAGUGAGACGUCAGACCAUCGCGGCGAGAUAUAGGCAGUGUCUUGACAUCUAGUGAGCUGCCUACCUAGACAGCUUCAUCGGGCAUCAUUCCGUCUUUGUGCGCGGUCCGGGCUGCCUUCAAAAACUGUCGCUGUCCGCACACACAUGUACAGUAUGCGGAGAAGUUAAGGAUGUCGCUCUGAAUCGCCCCUGACAUCUCGAACGAGGUUUGACGAGAUAAAACGCUCCUCUUAUGGAUUCAUUGAUCGUCAUUUUCUCAAACCACAAGGCGCCUCCCUGCGAAUCCAUCUGAAUCUCACAAACAGGGUGAACAAGAGUAUUGAAGAAAAUGCGAUGAAAUUAUUGCCAUGAGUGAAGCCUGAUUGAUUGUAAUCAGUCCCAGUUCGAGCCCUCCAUUUCCUGUUGCCGUCGUCUCAUGAUCUCCUGCAGCUCUGUGUCACCGUGACUCCUCUGAGAUUAGACUGAUAGAGUUGUCAUCAUGAGACUGGCGUUAAAAUAUCUGGACAAGAUGAGAUGUUUCCGGAAACGUUCCACCAUUCCUUUCCUGGUGGCUCUCAUUACCUUCCUGCUCUUCGUAAACCUCUACAUCGAGGAUGGUUACGUGCUGCAGGAAGAUAAACGUCAGUUGCGUGAGACUUCGAUGCAUCCGCUGAACUCGGAGCGAUAUGUUCAUACCUUUAAAGACAUCACCAAUUUUUCCGGAACCAUCAAUGUGACUUAUAGGUAUCUUGCUGGAACGCCGUUACCUCGAAAGAAAUAUCUCACAAUCGGAUUGUCAUCUGUGAAGAGAAAACGAGGAAACUACCUGCUGGAGACCAUCAAGUCUAUUUUUGACCAGUCCAGCUAUGAGGAGCUCAAAGAGAUCGUUGUGGUCGUCCACUUGGCGGACUUUGACCUUGCGUGGUGCGAGAGUCUUGUUCAAGAAAUCUCAAGAAAGUUUGGCCACCAUAUCAUCGCAGGACGUUUGCUGGUCAUCCACGCGCCCGAGGAGUAUUACCCAUCCCUGGAUGGGCUGAAGAGAAACUAUAAUGAUCCCGAGGACAGGGUACGCUUUCGCUCCAAGCAGAAUGUAGAUUAUGCCUUUCUGCUCAACUUCUGCACCAACCUCUCUGAUUUCUACAUGAUGUUGGAAGACGACGUCCGCUGCUCACGAAACUUUCUCACUGCCUUGAAGAAGGUAGUGGCCUCCAGGGAGGGAUCUUAUUGGGUGACGCUGGAAUUCUCUAAACUGGGAUACAUAGGGAAGCUGUACCACUCGCGAGACCUUCCCAGACUCGCCCAUUUCCUGCUCAUGUUCUAUCAGGAGAUGCCUUGCGAUUGGCUGCUCAUCCAUUUCAGAGGCCUGCUGGCCCAGAAGGAUGCGAUUCGCUUCAAGCCCUCUCUGUUUCAACACAUGGGCUACUAUUCCUCCUAUAAGGGGGCCGAGAAUAAACUCAAGGACGAUGACUUUGAAGAAGACUCGUUUGAUAUUCCAGACAACCCACCUGCCAGUCUCUACACGAAUAUAAAUGUAUUUGAGAGCUAUGAUGCUGCCAAAGCGUACAGUAGUGUUGAUGAGUACUUUUGGGGUAAAUCUCCUUCCACUGGUGACUUUUACAUCAUAGUGUUCAACAAGGCAACAAAAAUAAGCAAAAUGAAGAUCAUCACAGGAACAGAUGAUCGUCAGAAUGAUAUUUUGCAUCAUGGAGCUCUGGAGGUGGGGGAGAAAUUAGUUGGAACCAAAAAGGGAAGGCAGUGCUCCUCCUAUAUAACGUUAGGAGAGUUUAAAAAUGGAAACAUUGAGGUUCACGAUGUGGACCAUAAAAUAGCUUUUGAUAUUGAGUGUGUUCGUAUUGUGGUAACGGCAGGUCAGAAAGAAUGGCUUAUCAUUAGAAGCAUAAGCCUCUGGACUACGCAAGGUGCAAAUUAAUGAGAUUUUUUUAUGAACCGUAGCUAAAGGCACAACUGUCCACUGUUUGUUUGUUUAUUUAUUUAUACAAUUUCUACAAAUUAUUUAUUCAUUUCACUUUAUUUAUUCACAAGAAACAUUUUUAGGUCAGAAAAUCACGUAUUGCAGACUUUUCAGACAAUUUACAGACGAUGAAGAAUUUGGGUCUCAUUUACUAAUUACUGUGAAUAUGUGCAGAGAUGUUUUCAAAAACUUUUUCGAAAUGUUUUCAAAGAAACUAUCUGCUGGAUUCAUGACAGGAGCUUAUUGUCAUGCUAAUGUUUAAAUCUGGAUUCUUUUUAAAUGAGCGGUUUGCGUGAAGGGUUAGUACAUUGCACAAAACAUGCCCAAGUCAUCUUGAUCUGAGAAUUUCUUCACAAUCUCCACCCUACACCCAUUCUUAAGUUUUUGUGCUCUAAGCAUGCACUUUUGAAUGAGUGCAUGCACAUCGAGUCACAACAAGGUGCUGUCAAUUAUUUAAUUUUAGAAAAAUUUGUAAGCCUGAAUUUAAAACCAUUUUCAACUACAAACCUAUUGAUAAUGUCUGAAAACCUGUGUAUGCUGGUUUCACGCACAAAUACAGUAUUUAUGUAAUGUGCACUGUUAGUAAAUGAGGCCCAUUUACAGUAUUUUUUCUCAUACACUACUUUCCCAUUUUGCUUCAUCAACUUUACACCUCAGCUACAAUGAUCUUAACUCAUCUCCGGUCAAGGCACUAAUACAUUAUGUUCCAAUAUUUGAUAGAAAUAUCCUACAGUAGCGGAGAAAUUGAAAAUACAGCUACUUGGUUCAACAAUUGCUUAAAGCUGAAUUGUAAACAUUUCAUUUCAGUAGGGUUAUUUUUCGGGUUUCUUUGUUUACUCAGUCUGUAAUAUUUGCUUAUCCCCCUGUCCUUUCCACAAGCACAGGGUCAAUAUUGCCUUGAAUAUAAAAUGUGUUGUGGCAUGAAUCCAGGCAACAUUUCACACUGUCUCCCCAAUGAAUGAAAACAGAACUGUUAUUCAAUCAAACUUGGGCAAAAAGUCUUAGUGUGGUGUUAUUUUGUUUGUGACUUCCAAAGGAAGGUGGGUAUUCGGCCAUCUUCUGAAGUGUUGUAAUUGGCUCCUACAGUAACAAAUCAGGUAAACCUUUUUCCCAUUUACUUUGUUCCCCUAACUUUCGUGUAGCUCAAUUUUAUCAGGGUAAAUUGGAUUUUGUUUGGCUUGCGCCCCCUUAAAAUGACACCAGCAACAAUCACCCUAGUGCAGACAAUUCAUUUACUAAACUUUUGGCUGGAAUUGUUAGACACUCUAACUUCAAUUAUAUUUUAUUGUGCAUAUUCAAAAUAUAAUAUCAUUAAAGUCAUGAUCACUA